AAUGAUAUUUUAAUGCACCGAGCAACCGACUGGGAUUCGAUAUCUCCUCUCUCUAGCGCCUCUGGUGGAACUUUAUCAGCAGAAUAUUAUGAUCCUUUUACUUCAUUAACAAUUGGAAAGAGAAAUGACCAUUUAAGUGGUUUCAGCACAUUCAGGCUUGCGGAUAUUCACUUCUGGAGCAAUUUAGUUGAAGGAGCACCAUUUAGAAUGCUUGGUGACGUAUGCAGAAAAAAUUGGAGACAGAUAGGUAGCAUGUGCUAUUACCAUAAAAGUGGAACCUACACACACAGCCAAGCGGAAUCUGCAUGUAAUGCAUUUGCAGAUGGCAGCACCCUGCCUAUUUUAAACUCACUAUCGUUAUAUGAAUACUUUGCCGACAUGGUUGUUCAUCACUGUUUCAACAUAUUGGUUAGAUCUUAGCAGGGUCGACAAUGGCGAGAAAUAUAGGUGGAACUUUAUUCAAAGGACAGUGGAAAGCAUGAGUUUUGAUUCCUUCAUGAACCUUAGUUCUGCAACGGAUUCUGCGAAAUUCUUUUCAAAAACAGGUGUUUAUGGAUAUCCAGAUGCUUUGUGGAGUUAUGAGCAAAACACUAACGCUCAACUCAUUUGUCAGUUGCCACUUGUUAAAGAUUAUUUACACCAAGGCUGUUACAACUUUGACAAUGAUUUGUCGAAUCAUAACCACCUCAUGGUAAACCUGCAUAACCCAACCAACCAUAGUGCAAAUAGUAACUCUAUUGGAUCAUACAGCCUACCGCAAGCAUGUAUGGCUGUUUGUUAUGAAAAGUUCAAUUCAUCAGUGUCAGCUCUUGCCUCAUGGAAAUGCAAUUGUAUGGAUUCUAAUUUUAAUACUACUAAAUUGGCAGCCAUCACAUCAUUAGAUAAAUCUGACUGUUCUUCAUCAUUUUUUCUUGCUCAAAAUCAGCAAAUGAGUCUUGGGUAUUCUAGUUUAAAUUUCCCCCUCUCAUCUACUAAGGAUCUGUCUUACAUCCCUGGUGAAUACUGUGGGGCUACAGAGUGGGGCGGGGGUUACAAAUGUGGAAUAAAUAUUUUGGGGCAGCAACGUGCAGCAGUGUAUGCAACAAGUACACACUUUGCUGUGUACACGCAAGUGUUUCCAGCUACUGCAAUUUCUUAUGUAAUGUCCCCAACUAACCAACCUGAUAUACAGCAAGUGGUAACGUACUGGAUUACCAUUCUAAAAUGCGAAAAUUCCAAAAACCCAAGUUCAAAUUGCGCAGAUGAUGAGCUUUUGUGGUUCCACAUCAGUUUUGGAGAUGGGAGCGAAUUGGAAAACUUUUAUUAUCCCGAUUCUCUUCGUGCUUCCCGUUUUGUACAUGCCUACAAUACUUCCGGCGCUAAACAUGUCACCACGACAGUUAAAAACAUGGCUAAGUAUGAUGCUGUUUCACAAACAUACACUGUCAAAGUGUUGCCUAGUAUAGAAAAAGUGGAACUGUAUUCUGUCGAGCUGGAUCUUGUGCAACCGGGGCAACUUGCUGUGAUUACUACCAUUGGUCUUUCAGGCACCCAUAUGCAAUGCACUUGGGUGUAUGGUGAUGAGUCCCCACCUGAAACAUUGUCACUUGAACAACUCCCCAUACCUACCACCUACCACAGGUACCAGGAAGCAGGGGAGUUUAUUGUAAGCGUACGUUGCUGGAAUCGUCUGCAGUCUCGAACAGUUCAAACACUUGCCGUCGUCCAUAUGUUAAUACAUGGGCUUCAAUCCGCAACUGAUGCAGUUGUAGAGUAUGGACAACCAUAUCUUCAUACUUGGAGAAUUAUCCAAGGAUCUCAUAUCGACUGCCUGGUCUUUUUCGGCAACAAAUCUCUCACCGAAGUUACGCAGGAUUAUUUUGAAGACGUACAAAACUUCGAUGAAGCAAUGAUGUAUUAUAACAGCGAUACUAAAGUUGGUCAUGCCAGAAUACCUACUCAACUGUAUAUUCAAGACCCUCAAAACAGCGACAGAUGUUUAUUACCUGGAGAAGCAACCACUUAUACCUUACUUGUCUCGUGCUAUAACGGUGUGACAGACCCGUCCCCUUCCAUAGCUACCUAUGUUACAUUUGAAGUCCCAGUGAGUGGGUUUACAUUGACCAGUGAGAAGCAGAUAGCACAAGUAAAUGAGGAGAUCUGUGUAAACGUAAAUAUCUCGUCUGGAAGCAAUAUAAUUCUUAGUUGGAACUUUGGCAAUCCACUUCACCCUGAGUACGAUGUAGUUGAAUAUUGUGGAGAGGAUGAAUGCAGGGCAAGACAGGCAUGCUUAUUGUAUGAGCACCGCGGUGAUUAUAUGAUUUCUGUUCAAGCGUUUAACUCUCUUGGAUCAAAACAGCGUCAAAUUUCGUUGGGUGUUCAAAUUCCAAUCACCCAACUUGAACUCUUAAUAACCCCUGCUAUUGUUCCAAAUGACGUGACAGUUUUUCUGCUACGUCAUCCUAACCCAACACCAACUGGAAGCGUACUGGUUGAUUUUGGAGAUGAUUCUCCAAUCAAACAAAUCGAUUUAGUUUUAAAUGAUAAAACAGGAGAAAUGAAUUUUACACACAGGUAUACACAGGUUAAGAUAUACACAGUGUCCAUUCACACAUACAAUGAAGUAAGCAGAAUGAAUAUUACUCAAACUAUACAGAUUGGUUUAAACAUUGAAGGGGAAAGUCUAACGCUUGUUUCAAGCAGUUUUGCUCGUUCUGCCAUUGAUGAUGUAUUUUUUCAUUGUUACAUUACAAUUGGAUCGGAAGUUUCAUAUGAAAUUAACUUUGGCGAUAACUCAAACAUUUUACAACUUUCUGAAAAUUCUACCCGGCGGUCACCAGAACACCCUGACUUCCACAAAAUUCAACAUAGAUAUCUUAAUCCUGGAAAUUAUGUUGUUUCUAUGGAUGUGUGGAAUGUGUUUGAUCGACAUCAUGUUGUAUUAGAUCAAAUGAUAAUCGUCCAAAACCCUCUACAUAGUGGGAAGUACAACUUAACAGAAAUUUCCGUCCCCCCCAUUGCUUUUCCACCCGGUGAAGUUUUAUUUUAUGGUAAACUUAUCCACGAUGGUAGCCAAGUGCCUGCUCCAUCUAAUUGCUGGGCAAAUAAUGUUUAUUCUCUUUGGAAGUUUCCGGGCACUGGGGGGGAUGAAGCUUCACAGAACUUUUAUGGAGAACAUGAGAUGGACAUAUUCCCUGUCUCAUUCACUUGUUCAAAGGAAAAUGUUGGGGAUAACUUGGUCAAAGUUGAGCUAAAGAAUUUGGUUAGUUCCUUAAUGUUAAAAUAUUCAUUUAAAGUCAUGGAAGUUGUUGGCAAUAUUCAGCUCACGCUCUCUAACCUUGAAGACCAACCUGAUGUUACUGUAACAGAUACCACCAAAGUAGAUGUUUCUUUACACCACCCCUUCAAGCUUACUGUAGCAUUGGACAAAGGCUCUCACAUUUCAUAUCAAAUUGACUUUGGAGAUGGCAGUUUUUCUUACCUAGACAGUCCCGUUUUAUUUGCUGUGGAUUUAGAUGCUGAAUUUGAGCAUUCAUACAAACAAGCUGGACUUUACUCUAUUAAUGUAAAAGCUUCCAAUAAUGUCAGUGAGAGCACCAAAGUUUUUAGUGACAUUGUUGUGGUGUAUCAACAUGUGGGUCCAGUGACAAUGAACAUUCAGUAUAUUGACUUUGAUGAAGAAUUAAAUGAAGUUGAUGUAUUUGAGCAAUCAUCGGAAAUUUAUGCACUUGUGUAUGGCAGGCAAGGGUUUGAGACAAGAGUCCCAGGUUCAUAUUUCUACCAACAAAGCCGACCUUUGAAGCUGCAUGCUGGGUUAUACAAUGGUUCAAAAGUAAACAUGGUUUGGGAAUUUGUGGAUGAACAAUUUUCGGUUCAUUUUGAUUACAAUGAAAACGGUUAUCACAGUUCAUAUGUGGUGAAUGGCAGUGGGAUGGUGUACGUACUUACAGACAACACGGUCAAAUUGUCUGGUGUUCACAUUAAGCGUCUACGGAAACUCACAACAGCCGAAGUCAGUUACCUCGGCCCUGCUAUUGCUUCGGGAAACAACAAAUUCAACUUUCUAUGGGAAUCCAGUUUACUUGUUCGAUUUUUAAAGUCGGGCUCUUCCAAAGUGAAAUGUAUUGCCUCUAACCCUGUUAGUUCAAGUUUGAAAGAAACUGAUUUAAAACUUGUAUCUGUGAUAAAAGAUCUUUCAUUUAUUGAUGCCGAACCACCAGUGGCAAACAGGACAAGUAACAUAUCUUUCUCAGUGAAACAGGUUGGGACUGAUUCCUGCUUCCUUGUUGAUCCGGGAGAUUCUUCCAGGAUAUCCUCAUUCGGACUCACUAGGGAUUGUCUCUUGGAUGUGAGGAUCACUGAGGACAACUUCUUCUUGAUCACGGAAGACAAGUCAGAAUUUUCUGGAAGGAAUUUUUCGUAUUACAAUAUAUCUGCUGGGAGAUUGUCGGAGGGAAUCGUCACUUUGAAUCUUACAAUGCAACAUGUUUACACACAACCUGCGUUUCUAACUAUCAAAGUACAGGGCUUCAACUCAGUCACCGCAGUGGAGGUCUCAAUAGAUAUUGCCGUGACAAAAAUUAUUUGCGAUUUUCCAACUGUUGCGAUCGAAAAACUAAAUGAGAACUCACUCCAAAACGCUCGCAGAAUCUUCAGCUUUCUUGAGUUUCGAUUGUUUUCUUCUAUCAGCAUUGAUUGCUCUUUGACAAGGGUGACCAUUAUCACUUGGCAAGCAUUUACCAUCUUCGCUAAAACAAGCACUGAUAUUGUUACUACAGAAGAGGUGAAAGAAGACACUGGAGAAUUUGUAGAACUUCCGCAAAGUGCGCGUAAAUUUGCCUCACCAAAUAUCAAGUUUAAAUCAGUAGAAGGAUUAAGGUUUACUUCAAAAUCUGAAGAUAUAACUUUUAAGCCAAGGUUUUUUAAGAUGGGUCCUCACCUUGUCUGCAUCAACGUGGCGAUGUUUCAAGUUCCCGGAGUGAUUUCUUCUGACUGCAUCUUCUUGGAUGUUAUUCUUCCUCCAAUCUUGGCUGGGAUUACUUACGGGGUCCGAAGAGCAGUGAGCCAUGGGCAAAUGAUAGAGAUGGAUGCGGGAUCCGCAUCUUAUGACCCUAGUGAGGAGAGCUUAUCAGAUGCAAUAGAUCCAAACAUCAUCACAACAUCCUCCAACUACACUUACUCUUGGUCAUGUCCCAUCCUCCUCACUAAGCCUCUGGAAGACCAAAAAGAUGAAGUUGAAAUUCUCUUCGAUGGAAAACCAGAUUGGAUUACUCUCCCUGUUUGUCUCAACACAACAUUAUCUUGCUCAAACAAACACAGAGUUAUUGAAGCUGGAUCUGCAAUAUUUUAUAACUUAACCUUAAUCAGCAAUGACACCACCAACAUAACUUUAACACAAACCUUCAAAACUUUGUGUCAUGGUUUAAGGUCAUGUGACCUCAUACCCCAGUUAUGGUUGAAUGAUCUAGUCUCGAACGAUUCCCUUCAACUUUUAAAUCAAACUGAAGAAACUUGUUUAAUGGUUCAGUAUCGCUGUGAUGUGCCAGCCGAUUCCACUCACUUUAAAUUUAUCAAUUCUACAUCGGAAUGUUUGACUUCUGGGUAUUAUGGUGCAAUAAAUGGCCAAGUGAAUGCUGAAUGCGAUGCCUUGUUGCUCAACAAUACAUGUACCAAAAUACAGGUAAACACUUCUGCACUAAGAAGCAACAGCGAAUACAUCGUUCGGUUAAAAAUCAAAGACAAAAGCGGUCGUUCUGCAAAAACUUUUCAAGUUUUGGAGCUAUCCGGAGGGGAACCCCCUAAAAUAAAGAUCACCUGCUUAGUAAACUGCAAUAUCAAAACUAACACCAGGACAGCUCUAAGUCUUGUGGUACAGCUUUCUGAUGAAAACUCAAUGGUGUAUACUAACAAUAGUAUUCGUUAUAAGUGGACUUUAUUCAUACAAACUCAGCAGGAGGGCGAGAGUGAGGACUUGUUUGAAAUCGUUGAUAAUUUCAAUGAAUUAUCUUCCACUGGUAGUGAGAGUGUUUCCCUUGUAUUAAGACCCCACUCCCUUCUACCUGGUAAGAAAUACCACGUAAGAAUCACUGGCAUCACUGCUGAUACUGCACCUGGCAUCACUGAGAUGGAGUUGUCAACAAACCUUCCCCCAUACGGUGGUUCAUGCAGUAUUUCCCCUUUAGAAGGUACUGCAAUAAACACAACAUUUAAUAUAAUAUGUGAGAAUUGGAAAGAUGAGGGAUUUAAUGUUGACAGAAGUACUUAUAUAUCACCGAAUGAUUAUACGCUGGUGUAUCAGGUAUUUUGUCAAACUGAUCCCACCCUCCCACAAACUUUACUUUCAUAUGGAAACACAGCUUCAUUACUUGAUAGAUAUCUACCUCCUGGUUUACCACAGUAUGACUUCAAAGUAUGGAUCCAGGUUCGUGUGUUUGAUGAAUACGGAGAAUCAGCUGUCACCAAUAUGACAGUGAAGGUUUAUGAAGCUGAACUAUCUAAUGAGCUUUUAAAGAAUUUAACAAAUGCUGAGAUUCUCACAUCAAGUACUCAAAAAAUAUCCCAACUAUCUGGUUCUGUCUCUGGUGUUUUAAACAGACAGGCUGCAAAUGCAACGAAUGCAACACAAGGUUCAAAAGAUGAACAAAAGUCACGAACAGAAAUAAGAAGUGAAUUAAUGAAUGCUGUAGUGGGAAGGAUCAAUAAAGACAGUGAUCUUGAUGGCAUCCUCCAGUCUUGCAGUGCCAUCAGCAGCAUCACUGAGAUCGCAAAUGAGGUGGAUGAUGUCACACAAGUUAUUGCUGUGGAUGCAUUGAAUGAAAGAUCUGCAUUACUGUCUCAACUGUCUUCCUCAAAGUCAUCAGAGGACAUCACAGAAUCCGCUUCCGUUGUUGCUGUUGGACUUGAGAAUGUUGUCAUGGCAACUCGUAGUCAGGUGAUCGGUGAUGCAGAAAAAACUGACCCCGCAUCGAGUUUGGUUGAUCUUCCUCUCUUCUCAUUCAAUCCUGCACCAUCCCGAUCUUUGAAGAUCACCCUAAAUGAAGAGGAGGAGUAUUUGUCUCCGGAGGAGAGAGAAGAGAUGAGAGCGAACACUGAAUCUGACCGACUGAAGUUAUAUGAGAAGAACAAGGCACAAGCAAAGACUGUUGGUUCCAAAGCAACUGAAACCAUAUUUUCGUUGUCCGGUUCAAUUUUAAAACGGAAGCAGUCAGGAGAACCCCCUGUCACCAUCCAAAACAAAGGGCUCAGUUUGGAAACUCAAAAAACAUCAGCAGCUGAUUUAUGUAAAACAAGCAAUAACAGCGGUUCUUCCCUUUCUAAUAUACUGAAGUCAAGCAAAGUUGGUUUACUAGAUUGCAAUUCAACUGAUUCUGCACCAGAUGUAACAAUGGAAACAGAGCUUCUUACAAUGAAAGACAAUCCCUUUGUGUGGGAUGGUAGUGCGGACAACGUGAGGUCUUCUGUGGUCAGUCUUACUUUUAAAUAUUCGAAUGGCUCCAAAGUUGACACCAACUCAAGCAUCUUUCGAUUUGAAAUUCCGAUUGAUGAAAAACUAUCAUCAGUUUCCGCACCUGUGUACUCUUUCUCGCCCUCUGGUGACGAUCAAAUGUCGUAUCAUGAGAUGGCGAUAAAUAAAAUAGAAGAUGUCACCUUUAUCAACAUACAACCGCUAAAUGUCUCCAUGCACAACGUCAAGCUCAGAAUCUAUUUCUUACAAACAGAAAAUUUAAGAGAAUUUCCGAAUACAACGAACUUUAAUUUUACCCGAGAGUUGCCCAACUUUGUUGAUGACCCCAAUCACCCCUAUCGGUUACGCUUCAACGGAUCUGAUACUUAUUUGGGUCGCUAUGCUUUUGGAAUUCAUGAAAUAGAUGACAAUGGAAAUGUAACUAGUCCACAAAACAUGACUUUGCAGAAAUACGAAAUUUACAAUUUUGUCACGUCAUGCAGAUAUUGGAACGAAACAUUACAACAAUGGAAUACAAACGGAUGUGAUGUAAGCUCCGAAAGCAACAGUAGCAUUGUUGUUUGUUACUGCAAUCAUUUAACUUCUUUUGGAGCUGGAUUUCUUGUGGCUCCAAAUCCCAUUGAUUUUGCUUCCUUGUCAUCCAAACUACAGAACAUCAAAGACAACCUAUCUGUGUUGUUAACGUUAAUCUGCAUCUUUGUUCUUUAUGUUGUUGGUUUAUUUUACUGCAGAAGACAAGAUAAAAAAGAUAUACAGAAGUGGUGCGUUGCUCUACUUCCCGACAAUAAACUUUGUGAUGAAUAUUUCUACCAAAUCACCAUUAAAACUGGUACGCAACGAAAUUCUGAAACUCAGAGUGAAGUUUUCUUUGUCUUGGGAGGUGAAAACGGGAACACCUCAGUCAGAAGACUAUCUCCAAACCCUGGCACGAAAUUUCCACGUGGAAGUGUGAAGAAGUUUUUAAUGGCAGUGGAUGACUCACUUGGUGCAUUGAGUUAUGUGAGAGUGUUCCACAAUAACACAGGCAAAGGUUCAUACGCAUCUUGGUACCUUGAUCAUGUCUCUGUCUGUGAUAUGCAAACCAAUAAAAAUUCUUUGUUCUUCUGUGAUGACUGGUUAGCAGUUGAUGAAUCAGAUGGAAGUAUAGACCGCGUUCUACCAGUGGCCGGCAAGCAGCAAAUAAGUAACUUCAAACAUCUUUUUGCUUCUUCAACCAGGAAAGACUUCAGUGACGGACAUUUGUGGUUUUCUUUAAUAUCUCGACCUACCAAGAGUAGGUUCAACAGAGUACAAAGGUUAUCCAGUGGAUUAGCAGUCCUACUUUCUACAAUGCUGGCAAGUGCAAUGUUUUUUGGAAGAGAUGAAACUGAUGGGGGCCAGCAGGGAAGAUUGGAAAUAGGUCCAAUAUCUUUUACAAUCCAGCAAUUACUAAUCAGCAUUCAAGCUUCAUUCAUUGUCCUCCCAGUAAAUAUUCUCAUAGUCCAGAUGUUCCGAAGAACACGCCCAAAAAAUCCUCCCAAACCUGAAGAAGAAGAAAAAGGGAGUAGAUUUUCACUUGGAAGUUUGCUCGAUGUUGGGGAGGAGAUUAAUCCAAUAGAACAGCCAGAAAAGAAAUCAGGGUUCACAUUACCGCACUGGACCAUCUACUUCACAUGGAGCCUUGUGUUUAUUGUUUCCGCUGUCAGUGCUUCGUUUGUGUUUAUGUAUAGCAUAGAUUGGGGUGCAGCUAAAUCAGUAGAUUGGUUGACUUCUAUAGUUCUUUCAUUUACACAGUCAGUAUUCAUAAUACAACCCGCAAAGGUGAUCUUGACUGCAAUUGCUCUCUCAGUUUUUGUUAAUCGAUGUGCAAAGCAUCGAGCUGAAGAAAUGGUGGAAGAAGAGGAAGACGGUAAAGAGGAAAUGGAUGAGGAUGAGUGGCAGAGGAGAGAGGAGGAGUGGCUCUUCCAACUUCCACCUGAGAUCGAAAACAUCACCAGUAAAGUCCACGCUGUGGGUAAAGAGCAACUUCGUGAGGCGAGGUUGGCUCGUGAGAAACACAAGAUAAUGUUGGAAACAAUCCAUGAGGUCAUCGUUUAUCUUCUUUAUCUGAUACUGCUCCUCAUGGCGGCAAACACAGCAAAAGAUCCAAUGUCGUUCCGAUUUCAUGACUCGCUCUCAGACAUUUUUCUCAGGCAAGGAGAGCCACUGUUUGAUGAGGUCAGAACUCCUGGUGAUUUCUGGUCUUGGUGCAACAAUUCUCUCAUACCAGGGCUCCAUGCAUCAGAUUGGUACAAUGGAAAACGUGUAACGUGGUUGCAUUCUAGAUAUGUCAGCAAUAGGGAAACUUUUGUUACUGGACCUGCAAGAAUACGCCAACUACGAGUGAAAAAAGGAACUUGUGACAUGCAUGACAACAUAACAAGGGUUCCGCGUGAAUGCAUUUCCACAUACAGCAUAUUCUCUCAGGAGGAAGCUCAUUUUGUGGAAGGAUGGAAAAAUAGAAGUUUGGAUGAAGACGUAAAUUUUCUGUCUCCGUGGUCUUUUCAAGACUCUGCGAAACUUAACGGACAUCCUUACACUGGCUUAUUAAAUAUCUAUGAUGGCGGGGGUUACUCAGUAACACUGGGCAACACUGCAAAGAAAAGUCGCAAAAUAUUAAAACAAUUAAAAGAUCAUGGUUGGGUGGAUCGGCCUACAUCUGCCAUAUUCGUGGAGUUUACAGUCUACAAUGCAAACGUGAAUCUCUUUGCAUCCGUUGUGUUACUACUUGAAGGUUCUGCAAAUGGGGCAUUUUUCCCUUACCCUGUGAUAUCCCCUAUAAGACUGUACGAGUUUAUUGAUGGCAAAGGGUUGUUGCUGGUGAUAACGUACAUCAUAUUUGUACUUGUGUUACUGUACAAGAUUUUUAACAUUUUGAAAAGCAUUAAGGAAAUAAGAUGGAAAUAUUUUCACCAUUUUUGGAACUGGAUUGACUUUAUAUCAGCUCUCAUGUCAAUCACUGCAUCUGGUAUAUAUGGUGUUCGCUACAUUCAUUCUCACAUCAUUUUGGACAAAAUCACUCAAGAUGUAGAUAAAGAAACCUUUGUAAACUUCCAAUACCUGAUCUUAUGGAACGACAUCUUUCGAUUUUUGAUGUCUUUCAUCCUCUUCUUUGCCACCAUCAAGUUCACCCGUCUCCUCCGAUUUAACCGGAGGAUUCGCCUCCUCUCGAUGACUCUGUCCUACGCAGCAAAACCUGUCGUCCUGUUCUCGGUCAUGUUUAGCAUUUAUUUUCUCGGGUUUCUGUUUCUUGCAAAUCUCUGGUUCGAACAGACAGUCUAUGCUUAUAGCAACAUUCCUUUAGCAGCUGGUGAAAUGUUUUCUAUGCUGUUAAAUCGAUUUGAUUUUACUCAACUUCAAGAAGCAGACAAGUUGUUAGGUCCUUUGUUUUUCUCUGCAUUUACUGGAGUCUGCACAAUUGCUCUGCUCAAUAUGUUUAUUGUUAUUCUGGAUGAAAGCAUUAAAAGGGCGCGAGCCGAGCUUGAACGAACCAAGAAUGAAUUUGAAGUUGUGGAUUACAUGAAGAAACAACUUGUGGGAUAUAUUCACAGUGUGAUGCCUGUGUUUUUGGAAAGAUCAAAGACCGAAGAAGAAGAAGAUGAGCUUGUGUACAUUCCACAUCCGGAGCAGAUCUUGGAGAAGAGGAUCGACCAAUUGACUCUUCAUGUGUCCAAUAUCGAGCUUGAGUUUUACGAAGAUGAAAACAAGAACGUUGAUGUGGAUGACUUAGAGGCCGAGUUAGAUGACGUAGAGAUGGAUGACGUCAUGUUGGACUUGAUGUCCAUUAAGUCAUACUAAUAAUUGGUUCAUGAAGGCUUGUAUAUAUGAUUCCACGUAGAUUAUGUUUGUUUUGAUGUUUCUAUUUAGUCCUUGGUGCUAUCUGUCUGUAGGAUUUAAGAGCAAGAUCAUAAAUGUUUGAUUUUAUUGGAACUUUAAACCUUAGUUAACUUUCUAUUUUAUUUGUUCUACAAAAUUUGGCGUUCGCAUGUUGGUGUGAUAGCAAUACAUAUCUGUGUAUAGAAUUAAAAACCAACAGAAGCUUAUUGUUAUUAAACAGUCAUUGGAAAUCACGCAAAUAAACGCAUCUAAAACAA